AUGAAGAAUUUUCUUCUAGUGGUGAAUGUCCUGGCAUUAACCUUGCCCUUUUUGGCUGCAGAGGUACAAAACCAGGAGCAACCAGCAUGCCAUGAAAACAAUGAAAGAUUAUUCCAUCAGAAAAUAGUUUCUUAUGUCCCAAUUUAUUAUAUGCCAAGUAGCUAUCCUCACUAUGAACCUCCUUUCUAUCAACACAGACCAGCUAUACUGAUUAACAGGCCGUAUGUGCCUCACACUUAUUAUGCAAAACCAGCUAUGCUUAAGCCACAUGCUCAAGUUCCCCAGUGGCAAGCCCUGCCGAGUAUUCACACACCCACCAUGGCACGUGUCCCACAUAGACAUGCUUCCUUUUUUGCCAUUCCACCCAAGAAAAUUCAGCAUAAAACACCCAUCCCCACCAUCACCACUGUCACCACCACUGCAACUAUUGAAUCUACACCGAUUCCUGCCACUGACCCAGCAACAACCAGCGUGGUCACUGCAGAGGCUUCCUCAGCGUCAGCCGUCACAAACACCCUGGAGGCUGCUGUAGGCGCAGCCCAGUCAGUCCAGAGGCUUCCUCAGCGUCAGCCAUCACAAACACACUGGAGGCUGCUGCAGGCGCAGUCAGUCCAGAGGCUUCCUUAG